AUGGCUCCCCCCACCGAAGGUACUUACAAGCUCAACACAGAUGCCAGUGUCAAAAUUAACUCAGGACGGGGAAAGGUUAGUGGUAUCUUUAGAUACCACAGGGGAGAUUGGGUCAUAGGCUACACUAAGGUGUUCACCCAUGUGGAUGUUUACCAAGCUGAGCUCCUUGCCAUUCUUGAAGGCCUAAAAAUUGCCAUCACCCACCAUCUUACUUCGCUUGAAAUCAACUCUGAUUCAGCCACUGUAAUUAGCAUGAUUACCUCUGAUUACCCUCGUUACUCUAACACCGUAGCAGAGUGCAGGUACUUAAUGCGGGAACUGGGGACCCCAACACUCAGAUACACAUGUAGAGAGCAAAAUAGCGUUGCAGAUGUGAUGGAAAGAAGUACCAGCGUUGACAAUGCCCCUUUUGAUCAAUUGCACAUUUUGAGAGUCACUCUACUGUAUGUAGCCCAAGCUAUGGUAGCGGACAAACAUGGAGUUGCCUUUCCUAGAAGGAUCGCAAUUGUUAAUAUAGUAAAUAAUGUCAACACAUCUCCUACCCUUUCAAACUCUGUAGGAGGGUCUACUGAUACUUUGCAAACAUCUUGUAUUAACGCUACUUAA